CCAAACUUUCGCAAUUGUCUUCUCUCAAAACGUCAGUUCUCAAUCGCAUGCGACUCUUGAUAUCAGUUCCAUUAAUUGUUACAUUCAUCUUCUGUUUGAUUUAUAUCUAAGAAAAUCGAUCGCCGUUACAUUUUGCGAAAGAGCUUUUGAAUUCUAAAGCUAGGUACGCAAGUAAAAUCCCAAUAAUGGCCUCCUCAUCCUCAUCCACACCACCAACUCCUCUUCUCUAGUAAGCAUAUUUAUUUUUCUCGGCUUUUGAUCAUUUCCUAACAUAUCCAGCUCAUGUAUCUCUCACAAUACCACGAUCCUCGCCGAGCAUACCGCAUCCGCCGCCUCGCAAACUUCGUCUCUCGCCUCCCUUGUCCUCCCCAAAAUCAAACAUGACGAACCUCAAAAACUAACAUAUACGCACAACAACUCGUUCAUCCACUACAUGGCAUCUGCGCCUUCCGAAUAUCCCGCUUCCGAAUCUUCUGCCGGCGGACUCACAUUUCUCGUAAUCGCUGAUGCUUCUCUUGGCCGUCGCAUCCCAUUUGGAUUUCUUUUUGAGAUCAAAAAGCGCUUUUUCAAGUCCUUUCCACCUUCUACCACAGACUUUUCCGAUUUAGGAAGUUAUGGUGCUGGAUCUUUCAACUCGGAGCUCAAGAAGCUGAUGAUUGAAUACGGAACGACCCAGGGUGGUAAGGAGGAUGCGAUCAAGAAUGUACAAGGAGAAAUCGAUAAUGUACGAGGAAUCAUGAGCCAGAAUAUCGAAAGCCUUCUCGAGAGAGGCGAGAGAAUCGAUCUCCUUGUCGACAAAACAGAUAGACUAGGCGGAAGUGCAUCGGAAUUCAGGAUUAAGAGCAGAGGAUUACGCAGACAAAUGUGGUGGAAGAAUGUCAAGCUGAUGGUACUUUUGACAGUCGUCAUUAUAUUCUUGCUCUACUUGUUUGUUGGGUUUGGUUGUGGAUUGCCGGGCUGGCGGAAGUGCGUUGGAUAAAUGGACUAUGCGAAGGAUGGCAUAAUGUGGAUGGAGAAAGCCAUGAAUUGAAUUCAAAUUGACAAAUGGGGAGGAUAUCACUAGGAUUGGGACUUUAUACCACGGAUUGGAAUUCUGGCAUGCGGCUUUUGGUAUUCUAGUAUACAUACGUUGACGGGUUGUAAUCUUGCAAGGACAUUCAAUUGAAAUUCUACUCAUGAAUAGG